AUCAUCGCGACUAGCCGGAAAAAUCCGAAACAUUAUCAGACCAAUGAAAUUCAUGGUAACAAGCACACCUUCACGUUUCAUUAUCUUCUGACCUUGACUUUUAAUAUUUGUAAACAGUACGGCGGGUCAACUAAACUAUACCAUAUCACUGCGGAAAUUUAUUCAGUUAGGCUAGAUUCAGCUGCUAGACCACUCAUAUAGCACGAAAGACCAUAGUUUAAAUGAUUGCAUUGGGUCAGUGUGGCAAGUGCUGUGCAAUUGUGCAGUUAACAAAGAAGAUUCUGCCUCUCAUAGCAAAUGACUUCAGAUGUCUUGUCCAACAAAGUGCCAGUCCGUCGGCGGUGGCCAUCUGUGGAUCGAAGGUGACUAGGAACAUCUCAACUGGAAAGUUUAGGAACCUGAAUGGAAUAUUGACUGAUCCUGAAAACAAAGGGGAUCGUCAAACUGGGGUGAACUUUGACACCAUAGGCUCAUGGAACAACAGGAUUGAGAUGCCUGUAAGCAUCAAGACGAGUAUUGAGAAAGGCAUGCUCAUACCAGAAAUCCCCAUAAAAGAUGUUGGAACAAAGAGUCUUCUUGGUCACCGGAAAGAAAACCAGGACAGGUUCAUAGUGAAGAAAUUAACUGAAAACAUUUUGUGUUUCGCGAUAUUUGAUGGUCACGGAGGCUCCGCGGCAGUGGAUUUUGUGCACCAGAACAUUGAACAUCAUCUGCUUUACUGGUUGAACAGGACUGAUAAACUGUCCGAUGUCUUACACAAUACAUUUGCUGACGUGAAUGAUUUGCUCUCAGAGCACCUGGCAUUUGCAGCAGAAGGCCUGACAGGCACCACUGCGACCGUAUGCCUGCUCCGUAAUGGUACAGAACUGGUAGUGGCCAACGUGGGUGACUCCCGGGCCAUCAUAUGUAGGGAUGGUGCAGCCACACGCCUCUCUAAGGAUCACACACCAGAGGACUGCAAUGAAAUUGCUCGAAUAGAGGAGGCUGGUGGAAGAAUUAUCCACAACAGUCAGGGCGUGGCCAAUGUGAACGGUAGACUUUCAAUGACCCGCAGCAUCGGAGACUUUGAGCUGAAACCUUACGGAGUCACAGCAGAACCCAGCGUGGAACCUUUUAAGGUAAAACAUGGCAAGGACUCUAUGCUGGUACUCGUGACCGAUGGGCUCAGUUUCGUUCUCAAUGACCAAGAGCUCAUAGACAUUAUAGGCAGCUGUGAGACCCCUAUCGAGGCAGCGUCCGUCAUCACAGAUCAGGCUCUACAGUUCGGAUCUGAAGACAAUGCCACAGCAGUCAUAGUUCCGUUCGGGGCAUGGGGAAAAUUCCGAAAUGGUGGCUCCAUUCCCUACAGGUUUGGUCGACAUCUAUCGUCGCAAAGAUAUUAGAUUAUCAAGUUUUUAUCUGUUAGAAAUCUUUUGGUGUUAAUUCAAAAAACUUAUUUUUGUCCCCUACCGGUUUCACCGGAGGGGACUAAUGGUUUGUGCUCCGUCUGUCUGUCUGUCUGUCCGUCUGUCACACGUUUCUGGAUGCUGCGAUAACUUGAAAAGUUCCUAAUAUUUUUUCAUGAAACUUGGAACAUGGAUACCGGUAGAUUGCAAUAUGGACAUUAUGCACGUCAUUUAAUUUUGUUCCUACGGCAAAAAUUAUGGUUGCUAUGGCAACAAAUAGACUAGAAAUACUGCUAAAAAUGGUGGUUUUCUGGAUCCUGCGAUAACUUUAAAAGUUCUUAAUAUUUUUUCAUGAAACUUGGAACAUGGAUAGAUGGCAAUAUGGACAUUAUGCACGUCAUUUCAUUUUGUUUUACGUCAAAAAAUUGUGGUUGCUAUGGCAACCAAAAAAUAUAUUAAAAAAUCUGAAAAUGGUGGAAUUUCUGACAAUGGUGGAGCCGGUAGGGGACCAUAUUGCUUGACAAUAGCCUUGUUUAUUAUUUAUUUAUAGUGGCAUUAUUGUAUUACUGCACAAGACUACACACUAUUAAAAGCAUAGUUCAUACUGUAAUCAUGUUUUAAGAAGCUGAGCUGUUUAGUUGCUGUUUUUAUAAGUGUUUGUAGUGAAUAUUUUUGUCUCACAUUCACUGUGCAAAAUGUAGGCCGUGUGUUCAAUGUACAAAAAAACAUCCAUUUAAGUAGAAAAGUAAGUUUUUAAAAGGCAUGUGGAAUUAAGUGAUGAGAACUUUGUAAGCAGGUCUGUAAGGUAAUAAAUGGACUGAAGGAGCUUUGUAAGCAGGCCUGUAAGGUAAUAAAUGGACUGAAGGAGCAUCAGUCUGGGAAAAUAGGCCUUAAUGCAUGUUCAUAAAGUGUUCUCUCAGAUUAGCCUGUGUAGUCCUCAUUAACUCUUUUAACAAAAAACACAAAGUAUUUUACAGUCUUUUUAAAUGAUUUAUCACUGUUUUUAUUCCUACUGACUUAUGUGAGGAAUUAGUUGAUGAAUUCCACUACCUAUUUAAAUGCCCUAUAUUUAUAACAGGAAGAACAAAAUAUAUUAACAGACAAUACUAUAUAAAUCCAAAUACAAUAAAAAUACAAUAAAAUUUUACUUGCUUCAGGGCUCGACAUUAACUUUUGCAGCCACUUGUCCAGUCGGACAAGUAGACCAAAACUACACUUGUCCUGACCAGAAAGCAACUUGUCCUGACCAUUAUAUCUUAUUUUGCUCAGUUCUUUGCAAAAUAAUUAAAUAAUACAAAAAGCUCAAAUCAUAAAGACUUCAAUCAUUCAAAAUACAUGUUGACAUAAUUUUAGGCAAUUUCAAUACAAAAAGAACUGACUAGAUAACAGGAAAACGGGAUGUUAUUGACUUUUUAAACAUUAUACAAAGCCAAAAUAACUGACAAAAACUUGUGUUUUGCCACCAUACUACUUUAAUUGUCUUAAAGAUCAACGUGUAUCGGUAUCGUCAAAUGCAUAUUCAUUAUAAGGGAGAAUAAUCUUGUUAUCUUGGUAAAGAAAAUUUUAAGGGUUGCUUCUCUUGUAAACAGUGCGGCGUAGUAUCCCAUGGAACUAUCGGAAUAUCUCGUGCUUUGUAGUUUAAAUGUAAACAAAAUAUUUUAUUUUUGUUAAAAGGGUGGUUACUCCAUAGAAAUAACGGAUUUAAAGGCAUUUGUUCUAAGUAUUUAAAUUAUAACGACCACUUGUCCCGUCGGACUAAGAAAUUCUUUAUUAACGUGUCUGGACUAACACUUUGGUUGUCCCGGACAGUCGGACUACCUUUAAUGUCGAGCCCAGCGCUUGCAUCAAGCGAGAACCAUAAAUGCCUAAAAAAUCUAAGUUUAUUUUGCAAUAAAAUCAUUAAAUACUUUAGACGAAAUAAAUAAAUUAAACAGCAUUUGAAAUUCCUAUAUUUCUUUUUGAUAGGGGUUUUCAAAUAAAUAUGAAAAUGUGUAAAUAAACAAUAACCCAAAUUUAUAAAGGGCUAACAGGUUCUCCACGUGCAGUCUUACAAUAUACUAAGACAACACAAUAGGGAAAUAAACCCAAUACAAAAUAAAAUAUAAAACAAACAAAACCAAUACCAUCCUGCCUAAAUCUCCAACCUCCUGGCAGAUCAUGUUGAUUCGACCAACCUUGCUAUCCCCAGACCAGAGUGAAUACUUUUGCUGAUCUGUUAAAUAGUGGGGUUGUCUGCAAGUCCCAUAUCCUGAAAGUUAAAUUAAAACAAAUCUUUAUUAAAUGAAAUAAUGUUCAGUCAUGCUCUAACACAACUGCAAAUAAAUCCGAGACCUGAAAUUUUAAACUUAUGUUAUCAAUAUGUACCCCAUGUAAAUAUUGUUUUCUUCUGUAUAGUGUAUAUAUCAUUAUAUGAACAAUUAUGUCCUCUGUUUUAUAAGUAUUUAAGUAUGUAUAUAUGCUCUUUUCCCUUAAUGGUGAUGUUGACUUAUGCUCUGAAAUCUAAAGAUUGACAUUGUUUGUUUUUCCUUGAUUCAUGAUUGUUGUCAGAUUGGUUUUCAACUUUUUGUACGAUUUGUUUGUUGUUACUUUGUCAAAUAUAACAAAACAAUAGAUAUAAUACCUUUCCGAGAAUCACGAACAACU